AUGUAUAUUACUUUUCGGUGUUUGAAUAUAGAUAGUUGGGAGUUGUCAAUAAAUUCUUUAUAUAUCCGUUACAGGAUUCCAGCAGAUACGCUGCCACCUUUGCAAGAAUCAAGUUCUCGACACUCUUCAGGAAAGACGAAAACGCCCUCCGCUGAGGCGGCAUCUGAUCAAUCUGUCGAUGGCGGUAAGCAGCAGUUCAACAUGUCCUUCAACAGAACUAGCCAAAGAAACAUCGAUGCACCGAACGGGAAAACGCACAUCGCAGAGCUCCGUGCAGUUCCAGGAUUUACUUACUUCGUUAAUGGCGGAACUCCUCAGAUGCCGAAGACGGAAAAUGACAGGCUUGCCCCUCCACUAAAACGCGAAGUUAGUCGAACAUGGAGUUUCGCCGCUGAAGUUGAAGCUGUUAAAGGUAAAGGCGGAUCAAGUCCCGAGAAAUCACGUACACCUGAUAAGUCAAAGUCACACAAUGCGAAUGAAGUUAACUUCAAAUCACAAGUAUGUGACAGCAAAAAUCCCAGGAAAUCGAACGCGUCGAUUUUUUCUUCCGAAGAAGACGCUUCCGAAAAAGUCGCCGGUGAAUCUUCUCCGCCUUUCUUUGGCGAGGAAUUUGACGAGAAUUCAGUUGCCGCCGUGUCUGCCGCUGCCUUGAAGAAAGCCAUAGACCAGGCUCAGGAAAGUAUAAGAGUCGCGAAAAUGAUAAUGGAAAAGAAAAGGGAAGGUUUUCGAGAUGGUCUUAAGCAAAGACCAAAGAGCAACGUGAAAGUUAUUAAGAAGGAAAAACACGAAGAAUUUAAUCCCGUAUUCACUGGGAACGACGGGAAAUCUAAUCAUUACAAAGAAAAAAUUGUAAAUGCUGCGAACGUUGAUAUGGAGAGGGUAUGGGAGAAUGUCGAAACAGCUAAAGAAAACGGGGAGACACAUGCAAGGGGGGGUAAGCUUUUUGCGUCAGAUUGCAGUCGGGGUAAGACGCUUUAUCUUGAUGAAAAGGUUUCGGCGGAAAAUGUUUAUGCAGCUGAAAUGCAUAGAGAUGUAGGCGAUAGCAGGAGCAGCGAAACAUUGGAAGAUGUAGAAAUAACUGUGGAUAAUAUGAAACGAUCAGAAGCUGCCGCCGAACAGGUGGAAAAGACUCUGAUUGCUCCCUUUGGGGCUCCCCAAAGGGAGGAGGCUGAACGGUCGGACGGUACAUUUGAUCGUGCAGAAGGAUCUGAAAAUAGGGUAGAAACGGUUCUAGAUGCUUCUCGUAGAACUCGAGAGCAGAAGAAGGAUGUGGAUGAAGCUGGUGAAAAGUCGAGGAUAUGCCUGGAGGAUGAAGCGAGCGAGCAGAGAGUCGAUAAUGAUAUGGAUGAUAAGGCGAAGUGUGAGAAGAAAUUUGAAGACAAUGUGGAAGACUUGACCGUGCUGAGGGCGGAGUUUGAUAAUUUUAUGGAUGAAUCACGGAAUCGGUUCGUGAAUCUGGAGCAAGACGAUACUGAGAAGAAGUUCGAAGAAAGUGUCUUUAAGUCGAAAGAAGAUGGGAUAAUUUAUGAUGAAGAAGAAAAAGGGACAAUGCAGGAAACGGCUCGUGCAUGGGUAAACGAGGCAGCGUUGGAUGAAAAAAAUUAUGAGACGAAGUCACACGACUUUGCAGGAGUUGGAAACGAGGCUUAUGAGCAAGAAUUUGAUGACAAGGAACAGAAUCAUGUUCGUGAUGGAGAUGAACUGACUAAAGUUGAAACGGGAGAUACGAAUACUUCUGAAUAUGAAGCAGCUGAGACAAUAGUGAACGAGGCAAACAAUUGUGCUAUAAUCGAGAAAAGUACUUGUUUCGAUUCUGAGGAACUAAUGAAUAAUCUUAGAUCUCAGUUUCAGGAGAAUGCUUAUAAGGUGGAUAUUGAUGAAGUUGUUGAUGUGAAUACUAGUGACGAUGCUCAUACUACUGAUGAAGCCUGCGAUUUUGGCUUGAACGACAAAGCAGAACAAUAUGAGAAAGCUGUUGAAAAUUGUGAAGAGAAGGACAACGAGUCGGAACAAUCGUCGUCCCACAUGGAGGAUAACGAGAUAUCUGGAAAGGAUACAUUGAAUAGAAGCGCCUCUGGAGAGAUAUUUGUUGAAAGUGCGCACAACGCCUUUGCGGGCCUUUCUGCCGAAAAGAAACUGCCGGAAGGUGAUAAUGCAGUCGAAACAAGAAGUGAGAUUCACGAUGCUGCUCGAGAAUGUGAUGCUAAAAUCAAUAGACAGAACUUAGCGGAGGUCAAUACAUCUGAUACUGGAAAAUCGGAAUUCGAUCUCGAAGAUGUUACGAAAGUGUCGGAACAAACUUCAGAGACUAGUGAAGAAUCUGUACCAGUUUCCGGUCUUGAAAGUGUAGAUGGAUCGUCUUCUCAUGAAUCUGAAGAAUGUGCAGAAAAUGCAGACGACGAGACCUCGAACAAGGAAGAACUAGAAGAUGGAGUUCAAACGGUUUCUAAUGAAAGAAGCUCCGACGAGGAAAAAACUGAAGUGUCAUACUCUCGCGUACGCACCGAACCCAAUGAAGUUGAGAAACCCAUUGGUCUAAACAUGGAUAAGAAUAAGGAGAAUCUUGCUGCGAAAGAAAGUUUGCAGAACGAUGAGAAAAACGAACACCAGCAAAGAAUAGAAGCCAUCAAGAAGGGAAGGGAGCGCGAAAAGGACAGAAUAGUUGUUGAAAGAGCAAUACGCGAAGCUCGUGAGAGAGCUUUUGUGGAAGCUCGAGAAAGGGCGGAGAGAGCCGCUGUGGAGAAAGCAGCUGCCGAAGUUCGACAGAGAGUUCUAUCAGAAGCUCGUGAAAAACUCGAGAAAUCCUCUGCGAAACAAACGUCCGAUAAGGAUAAGGCCUCCACCGAAGCCAAGCGUAGGGCAGAAAGAGCUGCAGUGGAAAGAGCCACAGCAGAGGCACGCGAACGAGCUUUGGAGAAAGCCAUGUCUCAUAAAAGUUACACAGAGGCAAGAACGCCGAGCUCUUCGGGCCUGAAGCACAGCUUUUCUUCCUCGGAUCUAGAGAAUGGAUCAAAUACCGAGUCAGCACAGAGACGUAAAGCAAGAUUAGAGAGGCAUCAGCGAAUAAUGGAGCGAGCCGCGAAAGCACUCGAAGAGAAGAAUAUGCGCGAUCGUCUUGUCCAGAAAGAGCAGGCCGAGAGAGAUAGACUAUCUGAAUCUCUUAAUGCUGAUAUUAAGAGAUGGGCUGCAGGAAAGGAGGGAAACUUACGGGCACUUCUCUCAACUUUGCAAUACAUUCUUGGUCCAGACAGUAGUUGGCAGCCGAUUUCCCUGACAGAGAUCAUUACAACUGCUGCUGUGAAGAAAGCUUACAGAAAGGCGACUCUUUACGUACAUCCCGAUAAAUUGCAACAAAGAGGAGCCACGAUUCAGCAGAAAUACAUAUGCGAAAAGGUUUUCGAUCUUCUCAAGGCGGCAUGGAACAGGUUUAACUCCGACGAGAGGUGAAUAGACGAUGUGCGCUGCAUUGCGCGCUAUGCAGCUCUGUAUCUAUUUAAUUCAAUUUAUUUAUUUUUCUUUGGGAGAGAGAUCUAUAUAUAUUUUCCAUUUAUCACCAGGGAGAUCAAGUUGGAAGAACUGAAAUUAUGCUAUUAAUGGAUUAUUUUAUUUUUUAAAUACCUAAUUGUUUAUU